GUUUGGCAGAAGCUCCUGAGCCCCCAGGCUCCCCGUAUCAGUGUCUUCAUGGCAGUGCCCACUAUCUAUGCCAAGCUGAUCGAGUAUUACGACGAGCAUUUCUCUCAACCACAAGUCCAGGCUUUCGUGCGUGCCUUUUGCCAGGAGAACAUCAGGUUAAUGGUGUCAGGCUCAGCAGCCCUGCCUGUGCCUGUCCUGGAGAAGUGGAAGAGCAUCACUGGGCACACGUUGCUGGAGAGGUAUGGGAUGACUGAGAUUGGGAUGGCGCUUUCUAACCCUUUGCAUGGAGUCCGUGUCCCAGGUUCUGUGGGCACCCCGCUUCCAGGGGUGGAAGUGCGCGUUGCCACCGAGACCUUGAAGAAUGGGCAUCGUUCCUACACCAUCCAUGCUCAGGGAGAUGAAGGCAACACGCAGCUGCCGGGGCAUCGCGCCGUUCCCUCUCGUGCCGUCACUCUUUGGACAUGUUUGCGCAUCGUGCCGCAGCGAGAUGCAAACAGGAGCGCGGCGGCAUCGCGGCGGUGGCAGAGGAAGGCGUGUGGGUGGCGGGAGCGGGGAGGUGGGGAUCGCUUCUGCUUUGCCAUCCG